GGGCUGUUCUUAAGCACGACACAACGCAGAGUGCCCUGGCACAGGCCUUAGCCGUGGUAUAUUGGCCAUAUAUCACAAACCCCAGAGGUGCCUUAUUGCUAUUAUAAACUGUUUACCAAUGUAAUUAGAACAGUAAAAAUACAUGUUUUGUCAUACCCGUGGUAUACGGUCUUAUAUACCACGGCUGUCAGCCAAUCGGCAUUCAGGGCUCGACGCACCCAGUUAAUAAAUGCAUAUAAGGACCGGACAUUUUUCAUUAAGAGCUUAAUGGAAACAUGCAACAAUAGCAAGCCUAUCGUCUUACAGUCAAAAUGCUAUAGCCUGUUAUUGAACAUGCAACUCUUGUAAUGUAGUUAAUAAAAAGGAAUUUUCAAACAUUUGCAAAAAUGGAAUUCGCUGGAAAACACAGUUCAAAACAGAGCACCUAAUGCGAGUGGUUCCAUAUGUGACAGAUGGAAAUCUCUGUUAGAAACUUAGAAAGAGGGGGAAUCUAUAACAACAACUAGGAUUGGUUGCUAAUAUAACUAGGAUUGUGCCUUCGGCUUCUGAACAAUGAAGAAAGUUGAUAUGAAAGCCAAUAGAACAGGAGAGAAAUGCUGUUUAAUGGCACCAGGAAGUCUUUAUAAAAUAAUUGCCGCCUCGUUUCUAUGGAUGGAUUUUCUCAAGGCUACUUUAAAGCAAGAUACUUAUCACCUGGAGCCUGGCUAGAAACAUGUCAGGGGAGUAUUGCCUAAUUUCCUGUGUCCUUCUGCUCAUGGUCAGCUUGUCUGUGGGGGUACAGAAUGGGGACAUGAGGCUGGUGGGGGGUGAGCUGGCCGUGGAGGGCCGUGUGGAGAUCUACUAUAAUGGACAGUGGGGGACCGUGUGUGAUGACAACUGGGACAUUGCUGAGGCACAGGUGGUGUGUCGCUAUCUCAACUACCCUGGUGCUCUCACUGCUGUGGUGGGUGGGAUAUACGGACAAGGAUCUGGUCCUAUCUGGAUGGAUGAUCUAAACUGUGAGGGGACAGAGAAAGACUUGUCCCACUGUCUCUUCAAAGGCUGGGGGGUUACUGACUGUCAGCAUGCUGAGGAUGCCGGUGUGGUCUGUGAAAGAGAAUCGUCUCGGAAUAACAGUCGCGUCUACACCCUGGACCACAACACAGGCCUCGGUAACCGCAUGGGGGCGCUGUUUGACAGUGGACGCGACUGCGACUUUGACAUCAUGGUGCGGGUUGCAAACAGCACUGUGGAAACCAUCUGUGUUCACAAGCUGAUUGUCACUCUGGACCCAAAUGCCUCCAUCUUAAACGCCACACAAGAGGAGAACCUCAGUAACCUCAACCUAGACGUCAGCCUCAACUGCCGGCCACAUGUCACCGACUUCCUGAGGUAUCUGUACACGUGGCAGAUUAACGUGACCAUGUCCUCUGCCCAGUGCAUCCACAAGAUGGCGUCCAACUGGGGUCUGAAGCAGCUUCAGGAGGCGGCAGGGAGGCUCUUCACCUGGCUGCUCCCCGAUGAUGCCUCCUUCCAGACCCAGACCUCUCUGUACGAGUACUCAGUCCACACAGGGGACCCAGUUCUGCAGGAAACCUGUCUGCGCUACCUUGCCUGGAACUGUGAGUCACUGAUCCGUUCCCCAGCCUGGACUGGUCUUGCCCUGGGCACAGUAAAGACCCUUCUAGCCCGUUCAGACGUGGUAGUGCCAGAUGAGGCCUUCCUCCUAAAGGGUUUGGAGGACUGGGUGUUGGAACAGGGUAACUCGUCCACCCACGAAGACCAGGUCGCCAUUUUGGACCACAUCCGUUUUCCCAUGAUCGCUGCUGAAGAUUUGUUCAACCUCAAAGCCAAGUCUGAACUGUACAUGGACCAACAAGAGCGUUAUAAUGCCGGCAUGUUGCAGGGCUUUCAGUUCAAUGCACUACCCUUCCAGACGCUAGCUGGGGGCCUCCUCCUUAAAAAGGUGGAAUACACACCCAGGAUCUACACUGGCAAGCCAUGGAGCUUCACUUUCAGCUCAAAGGAUGUCACCACGUUCCGAUACAUCGGACACUAUUCCCACUCAGGCCAGAACCUCAACAGCCUCAGUGCCAACUUUGACAGCCCUGUGCACAACAGUGCCUUUUUUUCCCUGUUCAAAAAGCUAAACUGGAACACCAGGGUCUUUAUCCACAACCAUGAAUGCUCAAACAGCGGUAUCCUCUGUCCGUCGCUGCCGAUGGUCUCGCUAACUGCCCAGAAUAACAGGGAGUUGCCCCAAGAGUAUCAGGACAGCAUCCGCUACCUCAACAAGGUUGUCCUGAUGUGUGAAGGGGAGUUUGUAUUCCAUGUCCAGGAUUUUGCAUCCACAAUUGGCAAUGGCGGCAAUCAGGCCCAGAUCCCAGCAAACAUCACUGCGGGCCAGGCCUAUCCGUGCCACUCAGACCAGUUCUCCUACCGUGUGGUGGUUCAGCCUGUGUACACCACCGAGAUCAAGGACAAUUAGCAGGAAGUAGAGGGACAUGAAUAUGAGGAGAUAAAGUGAACGAAGAUCACUUGGUAGUUAGUAGUUCUUUUUCAAUUAUCCAAGUUUAACAAAACAAUUUUAGCAACGUCAAUGUAUGUAAUCCUAAGUGUUUUGUUUAACCCAUCCAAUAUCUUCUGAAUGUCACUUCUAGGCAACACUGCAUUAUCAUUCUCAGUGGUGAUUUUAGCAUGUAAAUCUUGGUGUGGCAAAAAAACGAACAAAUGGGAUGCAUGCCAGCAAAGCCACAACACAACACUAAACAAUAAAUUAAUUGCACUAUAACGGGGACAAACAGUGCCCACAAACUGUUAGGGUCAACUUAAAGCUGUCCCAACAGCAGUCCCAACACCUUACCACUGCAACACCUGGCUAUCAGCGUCUUUGUCUGGCAUUGAAACAGUUAAUUCAGCCUCAUUUACUGCCUUUUAAAAAAACAUAGUUGAUAUGGCUGACUUGCUUAAACAAAUGUAGUUUCUGCUGACAAUUGAGAUGUACAAACUAUGGAAUAAGGGGACGACAAGAGGAUAAGAGGCAAUCCGUAAUUUCGAUCAAGACGUUAAUUAGCGAACUAGGACGGAUAUAGUCAAUAUAACUAUUUGUUUAGCACUUUUGAAAUGUACAGCGACAGAAUUCUGAACAUGGGCCGUUUUUACAGUGUUCUCCCUGUACACCAAGUCAGAAGCGUAGAAUAAAUAAAGGGGGCAUUUAUGCAGACAAUGAAAGCUCUUACAAAAUUUGAUGAUUACAUUUCUCUAAAACAGGUUAUAGGCUACAUGUGCACCACCAUGUCAGAACAGUAGGUGAAAUUAAGAGGGGUAAAUAGACCAAAUUAUCAAUCAAUCAAAUGUAUUUAUAAAGCCCUUUUUACAUCAGCUGAUGUCACAAAGUGCUAUACAGAAACCCAGCCUAAAACCCCAAACAGAAGCAAUGUAGAUUUGGGACCACACAGCCACUGUCACUGAUUCCUUCCAAACCACUCAUUGUUGAAUUUGACGAUGACUGCUAGCUAAGAUUUUGAAAGCAGUCCAUUCAAAGCUACUGUACAUAUAAUGUGAAUUGAUGUAAUUUUAUGGGUGGCCAAUGACAUUGAUCCUUCUUGUAUGGGCACUUCUAAUGUAACGUAGUGUCCCCAUGAGUGACAGAACACUGAGCCAAUCAUGGUGCAACGCUCUGUAUUUUCUGCUGGUCUGCCCCACCACCACAGAAAGCACUGAGCUAGGCUGAAACACCUGCAUUUUGAAGCUGCCUUACUUAAGAAAACAUAAAAGAGACCAUGUAUGUAUGCGGCUUUAUUAACUCAGUGAUAUAUACAUUUUUUACAUUGUUUGCAAGCUGAUAUGUGACACGUAUUAAUGCCAAAAUAACAUGCAAAACAGGCAAGACCCCCCCCCAAAAAAAAUGUGGGGCUUAAAACAGGGUCACCACUGAUCAAUCUAAUGUCUGUGUAACGUUACUUUGAAAAAUGUGGGUCAGGAUCAUAUGUUCACAACAAAUAACGUUCUAUGUAUGGUUGUUUUUAAUAAAAGUUUUAGUAAAGUGAA